ACACAUUUUUAGAAUUGUGUACCUUUUUCAUUGUAGACAUUUAUUUUGGCAUGGAAGAAAUACCUUUCUAUAGCAUGUAACCUUCUAGAUGGACGAGUUCUUAGUUUCCCUUUUUGGUAAUACGAUGAAACUUUGGACGGAAGAGUUGUGAAAAACAUGGAGCAUGUUCUAAAUUUAGGUGGCUCGUCCCCAACUAUGCUCGGAUCAUUUUCCUGACCUCGGCAGUGUAUCGCAAGCCAGAUUGCCUAUAGAUGGAGUUAUCAAUCUAUGCGGAUCAAUGAUAGACUUUUGUCCCUCUUCUUUGACAAAUGCCGCCAGAGAGUGCUUGGAGGUUCACGUGGGUCAAACCGGCCAUGACAUUCAGAAUUGCCAUGGUCCAAAGAAUGCGAAUUGGAGAAGCUUCCAUUUAUGGGUCAAAGGUUCGAUUAACGACAUCCUUCUCCCAAUUGAGUCAUAUCAUCAAUAUGAUCCUUUUGGUACCCGAGUCAAACACGAAAMAAGRUUCAACCACGAUAGAAUCCCGGCUGUUGUGGAGCUCUGCAUCCAAGCCGGUGUGGAAUUACCAGAAUACCCUUCACGACGAAGGACCCAGCCUAUCCGAAUGAUGGGAAAGAAAGUGAUCGACCGAGGUGAAAUCGUUGAGCCGCCACCCAAGGCACCGCACUCCGCUGAGACAUUGGAACACGACACGUACCGGGCUCUUGAGCGGUUCCCGCCGCCAGCAGACUCCGAUGUGGUCGGAAUUGCUCAGGCGACACUGAACGCAUACGAGAAAGUGAAAUGGGGUGUGAUGAAACUUAUGAAGAAGUACACGGUGAAGGCGUGUGGGUACUGCUCGGAGGUCCAUGUGGGACCGUGGGGCCACAACGCGAAGCUUUGCGGAGAGUUUAAGCACCAAUGGAGAGACGGAAAGCAUGGGUGGCAGGAUGCGGUGGCGGACGAGGUUUUCCCGCCAAAUUACGUGUGGCAUGUGGUGGAUCUAGAAGGACCGCCGUUGAAGAGUUCGCUCAAGAGGUUCUACGGGAAGGCUCCAGCUGUGGUUGAGCUUUGUGUGCAGGCAGGGGCUCCGGUACCUCGGAAGUAUAGACCGAUGAUGAGGCUCGAUAUCGUGGUCCCAGAUAACGAGGAGGCUCCGUUGGUCGCUUAAUAACUCGAAAAACCGAUGUUUUGGAAGUGUUUAGUUGUUUGUAUAGAAUUGAAGUCUUAGUUUUGUAUUCAUAGAAAUUAUAUGGUCAUGGGUGGGGUUGUAAAUUUAGUAGCUAUUUCCUAAUCUUUAAUACUUGAAAUGUUGUUAUAAUUACAUGAUUGAUACGA